AUGUUCGACGACCUUCUUACCCACAAGAUCUCCACUGUCGUGUCAUGGGUGCUUUCCACCUAUUCCACUGUUAGGUAUUUCAGUGGCAGACAGCCUUUCAGUGACGACACCCCAUACCAUGUGGGUGAAACCCCAUUCACCCUCAAUAUUAUAGUGACGAUGGCGUACUGGGGCCUUUUGAUUUUCAUGCAGAUCUUAUUCGUCACUCAGAUCUUCAUUCCUGUGGUUGACUCUGCUGCUGGAGUGACCAACAGAUUAGAUUACACCAAGAAGGUUGGCUGGCACUUCACUGCCUUCAACUUUUUCGUUUUCCUUUGGACCAUGCUUUUUGUUAUUUUGGUCCUCAACUUGGUGAAUAUUUUCGCCUUGUACACCACGCACAAGACUUAUGCCAUCAAGCCUUUGGGAAACUAUUUCUUGAUCCACAUGACAAACGCUGCCCUUCCUAUGUCAUGGUUGCUCUUUGCCAUCUUUUGGAAUGGAGCCGUGUUGUUCCACGUGCACAAGUUUUUGGGUAGAGUCAUUGCCAAUUUCACGGUUUGGUUGUUGCUCAUAAUCCCAGGCUUUUUCACGCUUGUGUUCAACGACUGGGGACUUGGCCUCACAUCCUCCAUUUUAGCGUUUGGCUUGGGUUUGGGCCAAUUGUUUACCAAGGCUUUUGCAUUGCAAUGGAUUUUUGGCUUUGUCAUCUCGGGUCUCUUGUUGAUUCUCACGCUUUUGGUGGCUACUGGAAGAGUCGUCAGGAGAACCACUGACUCCGAGGCUGCACCAUUGUUGGAAUAG